CGAUGAAUGCUGCUGAGAGGUGAGAUUACCACAAUUUUUGGCAAGUGGCACGCUAGGUGGAUAUAGGACAAGUAAGUAGUUUCCUUUUGUUUAAUGACCAUGAUCAACAUUUGAAAAAUGAGAGCCACGGUUCCAGAGGAUCGUGGAGGAGAGUCUUCUCUCGCGAACAGCGACGACCUUCCAGAGCUUCCACCUUGUGUCGAGUUCGAUAAUGCUUACACUCUAUACUCGAACAAAGCAUCUUCCAAGCGAAGAUCCACGGAGGACGCGCACGCCACCAGUACUACUGCUUCCCGAAGAACAUCCAGAACUUCAACUUCUCAUGAUGGAACAACGCUACUUCCACUUGGUGGAGGGUUUUUUAAGCAGCUAUACUUAGUACGAACGCGUUCGCAAGAGCAAGUCAACGACAAGGACACGAAGCUUGUCUCGUCUAGAAGUGGAGCAAGAGGUGGAGGUCCACCAGCAAAACCGCGAUUGUGUGACCAUCUUCGCGCUUCCACGGUCGAGUCGUCAACAACUUCUCGCGGCGAGAUGAACACUCUUGAUCUAAAGAACGAAAACGCUGUGGCCAAACCAGAUCAACUUCGACUUCUAAGAAUUGUUGGACAAACUUCAUCAACUUCUACUGGAUCUUCUGCAACAGUAGAAUCUAGACGAAAAAGUACAACAAACAUAAAGCAAGAACCAGAUGAGCAGGAAGAAUUUGUAGAAUCGAAGAAACUCCUACGACGGGAAGUGCAAAUCCUUUCCUUGUGUUUUCAUCCAGGCAUUGUGCGUGUUUUUGAGACGUUUGAAACUGAUUCUGACUUCCGAGUAGUGCUCGAAUAUUGCGGUGGUGGCAAUCUCCAUGCCAGAGUUAUGGAGCAGACCUCUACUUCCUACAAUCAUGCUGAGAACGCCCUGGUACCGAUAUUUUUACCUGGCAAGAACAUCAGCACACCGAACAAAAAGAAGAUGAUUCGGGAAUCAUUAGUAGCCGUGUGGAUGCAGCAGCUGUUCGAAGCGGUGCGUUACCUUCAUGCAGUCGAUAUUUGUCACAAGAGUGUGAGAGCCAAGAAUGUGUGGUUCACAGGGAACGAUGUGCUGAAGUUAGCGGGGUUUGGCUUAGCCUCGAUCACCGACAAGAACAACGAAAAUGGAAAUACUGAAGAAGGAAAGCAACUGGACAUGCGGGAUUUAGGAGAAGUGUUGUUCUUCUGCCUGCAUGGAGAAACAACCACGAUGGUACAGAAGUCAGAGCGUAGUAAAGAAAGGGUUUUGAGUCGUCCGGUGCAAGAAUUGUUGCGUGCCUUGUGCUCACCGAAGGACGAGAAAGUUAGUGGAGUAAGGCGUAUUUCCGCAGCCACAGCUUGCGCUCACUCUUGGUUUACUGUUGCAGCGACUGGCGUUUGUGAUUCACUUGAUGGUACUGUUGUAAGACAGCAAGAUGAAGAUUCUACGGGUCGACGUGGUUCGACGACUGCAGAAAGGAGCACAACUACAACAAAACUGCACGCAAGCGCAAGAUCAACUUCUGCAGAAAAUCACUCUGCUUCUAGAAAAGAAAGUGCUACUCCACUGCAAGAUCCUCCACAACCUCCAGACACAAACACAAGCCAGCCUCUCUUGACAGGCGAAGACGUAGAACAACUAUUGUCCCGCACUCUUGAGACUACGCUUGACGGCGUCCGUCGCGUGUCAAAUUUCCUUGGCACUACUUUUGAAGACGGCUCUAAGAAAAUUGCAGCCUUAGUCGAAGAAAAUGUACCGGCGCCAUCUGUAAUUGUUGAGAACCUGGAUGUUGAAAAGGCGCAGACUUGUGGCAUCUGCUACCAAGAGCUGCGGCCUCCUGCAUCUGGUGCUCCUGGGACAGCAACCAUGAUGGCAGGGUUCUUCGACAGUACCAUUAAAGCACAACCGCACCAGCCGAAUAAAGCAUCAUCAUCUUCAUCUUCUAGCCCUAGCACAAUAACUGCAAGUGCAACGACUACUCCCGGCAAUUAUAGUACCUCUCCCGACUCGCCGGGAGUUGAUUCUAGUUGGUUGGAUUUCUGUUGUCCUCGUUGCCACUACGUCUGUUGCCGUGUCUGUUUUGGCAAACUCAAAACACCUAGUUGUCCGUACUGCAAAUACUCCGAUUUCAUGGUUGCCCCAUUAGCGGUGGCAAAAACAGUAGGCCAAGUUCCGGAACUGAGAUCAAGGUUGAGUCGAGGAGUACAGGACUUAGGGCAAGUCUUUUGCGAGAGCGCUGAUUGGUUCGAGUCCGAAAUUGGGGCACCGGAUUUGGCACCUCCUGUAGGAGUAAAUCGUCAGCCGCCUCUGAAUGCAGCAGCUGUAGCGACGCAGCCACGACUCCAAGUAACAUCAUCAAACGUCCGUCGUGAGCCAGCAGAACAACCAAAGUGUGAACGAGAGCAACAAGCAAGCACUGGUCGUGAUAGUACAUCAAGUACCUCAUCUACCAGCAGGAAUUUAGUGGUCAGUGGCGGCAGUCUUCGAACAGCCGAGGGUCAAGCCGAUGAAGAUGAGACUAGUAGAACAGUUGUUUGCAUGUGGUGUCAUCGUGCUGCAUGUAGCAACUGGGAUUUCGCUUGCCCUGACUGCUUUGGUGCCAUUUGCCGUUCCUGCUUCACGCAAAUUUCGACCAGGCAGUCUUCAGAUCAAGACCCAAAUUUGACUGGUUUUACUUGUCCUUCCUGCAGAUCGCGUGAGCGCUUCCAGUUCCAGCUAAAGCAGUGGGCUGCAGUGGUUCAACACUCAGCAAGGGCGAGCGCAUGGGGUCGUGCGGUAGCAGAUAACGUGAAAGCGGAAGUUGAGGGUGCAGACUUGUCUGGAUUGGGCAAGGAGUUGGCCUCAUCUAUGUGGGAAGAUGCGAAAGCGCUGGGAUCUUGGCUCUUAGCGGCACCAUCGCAAGAAAGUCGUGGGGGAGUGGAGGAACAAGUUAAUUCAUCAUCUUCAUCUGCAUCUGCUGCACUACAGACACAGGCUCGAAUUAGUCCUCAAGGCGAUGGUUGUACAACCUCUGCAAGAGGAUUACCUACUCGAGGUCGAGAUGGAUUGGCUCCUGCUGACGAGGCUAGUUGUAGUGCAACAAGUACAACAAAUACUGUCUUCGAUGACGACGAGCAACCAUAA